AUGUGGAUUAUGAUGAUGAGAGAAAAGCGUGAUCGUCGCCAUUUCAAGCGAAUGCGAUUCCCACCCUUUGAUGAUGAAGAGCCACCGCUUCAUUAUGCUGAUUAUAUCCUCAAUGUAGAACCUCUAGAACCUAUCCAGAUGAAUUUAAAUGCUGAAGAAGAUGCUACAGUAAUGGAGUGGUUCUAUGACCACAAGCCAUUGGCAUCCACUAGAUCUGUGAACGGGCCGACCUACAGACGAUGGGCGUUCAGUAUCCCGAUUAUGGCGACCUUUUAUCGUUUGGCAAAUCAGCUUCUCAUCAAAGCUCUGAAUGUAGCAUUUCCUGGAGGACGAAAGUUCGAGCCUAUUAUCAAGGAUAUUAAUCUUGACGAGGACUGGAAUGAGUUCAGUGACAUUAACGAAGUCAUAAUUCGAGCCCCUAUUCGAACUGAAUACCGUAUUAUAUUCCCAUACUAUCAUAACCCGUCCGUAGUGUUUAGCAAGACCGAGCAUCCCGAUCUGCCAGCAUCCUACGUCUAUCCGCUGUUCAAUGCGUUCGCGAUAAGUGAACUUGAAAAGACCGUGGAAAAUCUCCGCGAUAAUGAGAAAAUGGAAGAAUUUGAACUUCCGGAAAACAUUGCGGGAAUAUUCGAGGGGGUCACAUUGUACACUGACAAUACCGAACCACGAUGUUUCUUUGGUAAAGAGUUCGUACAGAGAGCAUUGCCCAGCUGGUAUGCCUGUGAAGCGAAACCACAAAGGAGGAGUUAUGAGGAACCGUAUCUGUUCCGCUCAUUCAAAUCGACCAAGUCCUUUCAAACUACUAUCCUUGACUGGAUGGAAGCCGGUUUGCACAUGCUUCGCCUAGAUUACAACAUGUUGAACCUGUUGAUCCAUCGUGAGAACCUGUACUACCUCCAUCUGGAUUACAACUUCAAGCCCGUGAAAACCCUUACAACCAAAAAGCGUAAGAGAUCUCGUUUUGGUAACGCGUUGCAUUUGCGUCGUGAGAUCUUGAGACGCACCGAGUUGGUUGUCGACGCACAUGUGCAGUACAGGCUCAACAACGUUGAUGCUUAUCAGCUAGCAGAUGGUCUGCAGUACAUUUUUGCUCAUGUUGUACCGUUACAAGUAUAA